AUGUAUGGAAGUGACUGGACAAGGCGCAGCCUUGGUCUACAGCCAGCUUCAAGCGACAGCCCGUCGUAUGACUUCCAGUCACUGUCUACAAUCCUGAAUGUUUCUCAAGAACUUGAUCGACAGCUCGACAAUUGGUUUGACCUUUUACCGCGAACAAUUAAACCAGAUAUCAACGACCCGUCUCGAUGUACUGGCCCUAAACUCAAUAUGCUCCACCGCUUCCAUUCCGCCAAGGAUAUCAUAACCAGGCCAUUUCUUCUUUGUGCAAUUGACUCGUCACCUGAGAACGAUGUUCCGCCUAUGGUGCUCAAACAGUGCGAGGCAAGUAUAGCCAAUUGCCGGGCGUAUCUGGAUGCCUCAGAACGGAGACUGAUGGGACCAUCAUCCUGCGCGGAGAUCAUUAUUCAUACGAUGUUUUCUUCUAUUCUUCUCCUGUCUCUAGGCUCUGUUUGUCCUGCUUUAGCGCAUUUGGUACCGGAUAUUGAUACGCUGCAGAAGAACACGAUACAGAGUAUCGAGCGAUUUGCAGUGGACGGCUCUUUGAUGCAGGAGAUUCAUGGGAUCAUUAUAUUAUUGCACGGUAAAACACGAGUCCUCAGGCGGGCUAUGUAG